AUGACACUUCCCCUACCACCUACCAAAGCCGCCGAUGUCCCGAUCUGCUGCGACCCUGAAGAUCCGGCGUCGAUCUGUAAUGUUUCGCGUCUAGAUGGACCGCCGGUGACAAGCAGCUCCAGAUCUGGUGAAGCCAGUUUUCUUUUAAAUUAUAACAAUUGGAUUCUACAGUUAUUGAAAUGUCCGAUUAAAUUGCGAAAGAAGAAAGUAAAAGCCGUGAAGUUGGAUCUACAACCAGAGGAUGUAACCAUCAAGGCUGAUUGUCUUAGUAUUGGGGAAGGAUUCUCUCGGAAGGGAUUAUUGAAGAAGGUGGCGGAUCGACAAGUAAAGGAGCUUGACAGAUUGUUAUCGGAAAUUGAGGGGGCUAGAUUGAGUGAAGGAAGCUUGAAGGAGAGGAUACAAGAAGUUGGAGAUUUUAGGGUUUCGGCGAAGAACACCAAACAACAACUCCUUUGGUCAGAGAAGGUUGAACGUGAAGAAGGGAAGCAAGGCUGCGAAAAUUUUGACGUAGAUAAACAAAGAACUCCUACUGGAAAGCUUGAAUUCAUCCAGCCACGACACUGUGAAGGCAUGAUAAUUGGGCAGAUCAGAGAAGAGGAUGUGAAAACUGAGGCUAAAUACUGGGCUUCAUCAAUCGUCUGUUUUGUACCGGGAUCGAACCCUCCCUUUUGGGUUUUGAAUGAUUAUAUUAGAGGGAGAUGGGGUCAAUUUGGAAUUGACAAGGUAAUACUCCUCCCUAGUGGCUUGUAUGUUGUUCGUUUUUCUACCAUGCAUGCUAGAGAAGAGGUUUUGCGCAUUACUAUCCAUCAAUUUGGCUCUGGACCAUUCAUAGUUAAUCCUUGGACUGCAAAAAUGAGAUUGAAUUAUAGAGAAGUUGGAAAGGAAGGUGGAGCUGUGUGGGUUUUUUUUGGUUCGGUGGUGAUGCUGGUUAAAGUGAUGAUGAUGAUGUCGAAGUUCAAGGCUGAUGGAUGGUCAAGGUGGUGGUCGGCGGAGGUGAUCAAGGAAGCAAAGUGGAGCAGCAAUGAAUGCAUGGUUAAUAAACCAAGAGCGCAGUUUGCUCGUUUGUUGGUGGAAAUGGAAAUUAGUGAUACAAUGUCUGAUAAAAUAGUCUACAAAGAUGAAACUGGCAAUAUUAGAAUGCAGAAGGUGAUAUAUGAAUGGUUGCCUGCUAAAUGCAAUAACUGUAAGGGAUAUAGGCACUUGAAAAAGGCUUGUAAGAAGGGUCAGGACAAAGUAGGAAAGAGGCACAAAGUGGUUCAGAUUGAAUGGAGAAGGGUAGAGAAGGAUAAAGGGAUUGGUAACAAUACUGGUAGUUCAGAAUUGAUCACUGCUACUAAGGAGGUCAUUGCUGAAAAUUUCUCUAAUGAGGAAGCUCAAAAAGAGACCACAUCUAUUGAUAAUCACCGAGGUACCAGUAGACUAACUAGGCAACAAGGAAAUUGGGUUGAAAAGAAACCGGGCUUAGCUGUGUCAUCACAGAGUUAUGAGGACUCUGGAAAACAAGUGCAUGCCUGGGAAAGUUUUGAAAACCAUUUUGUUCAAUAUUACAAGCAACCGCUAGGGAGAGUAUCUAAUAUGAAACCUGCAAACAAUAAGAUUUUUACAUUGGGACCAGUGCUAAAUGUCGAGCAGCUACUCAGAUUAGUUCAACCUGUGAAGAAAGAGGAAGUCAAAGCUGCAAUCUGGGACAUGAAUGUCAACAAAAGCCAUGAGCCUGAUGGUUGUGGAGCAGGAUUCUUCAAGGCAUCUUGA